AACUAAAUUACAGCUGUUUGUCGAUAUAACAUUAGGCAACUCUACGUUCGUUCAGUAUUCUAUAGAACUCCAAGUCGAAGUAUUAUUCGUAGUGUGUGAAGAAAUUUGUUAAAUUGAAAAUUGAUUAAUCAAUAUAAUGGUGUAACGAUGAAUUGCCAUCAGAUUUUAAGUGGUGCAUGCAAUGCUGGUGAUCGGUGUUUUGCUAUUGGUUCCGUAGAAGGAAUCCCAUUUACUGCUUACGCAGCUGGUUGUAAUAUUGUUGUGCUUGCAAGUACAUUUGAGCGGGUACAGAUAAUACCUGGGGCAACACAUGGUUAUGUCAAAAUUUCUGCAUUGGAUUGUAGCACCGACACUGGAAAAGUUGCAGCGGCAUACGAAAGCAAAAUAUGUAUAUUUGAACCAACUCCAGUAUUGCAAACAGAAAAACGAUUCACUCAUUUUCUGGAUUAUAGAUGGGUUCAGACUGGCUCGUUCACUAGUCAUUCCCAUGUAAUUACCCUGUCCUGGAAUUUGGAAGGUACCCGACUUUUAACCGGCGGAUCUACAAUUCAAUUGUGGAAAGAAAAAUCAAAUGAAUUCGCAGACGAAGAAUCUAUGGGUGUAAAAUUUGUGAUUGGUGGUGAUCGAGAAAAUAAAACUCCUACAAACGAAACUAUUGAGAAUGUCGCAAAUUGGGAGAAUAUUUGGUCCUGUCAAACAGCCAUACCAAUUUAUCAUAUGGCGUUCAGUCCAGAUGGAACAUUGUUUGCUACUUGUGGACGUAACGACCGUCUAGUAAAAAUUUGGUACGAAAAUAAACAAAUUCUAUUUCCGUCAAAAAACACAAAGUCCAACUUGAAGGAUGAAUCAAACGAAUUAAAUUUUACCUAUAUUUAUAUUGCACACCCCCGUGCUGUUACUAAUAUAAUAUGGCGAAAAACUAGCAAAUAUAUGCCAAAAGGUUCAGUUUCAAACAUGAUUGUCACAUCUUGUUUGGACAACAUUUGUCGAAUUUGGAUAGAAACUGUUUUACCCGACGAUGGAUUGAUAAAUAUGACACAAUUUGACCCACUUGCUUCACAAAAUCCAAAAUUUAGAACACAUCGCCACAAACAUCGGUUUAUGCAAAGACUCAAACAUAUGAAAACCUGUUUCCACAUACGCCGACAUGCAAAAAGUGGAUCCAACGCUGAAACAGGUGGAGCAGAUUUUCUGACAUUCAGUUAUCCAGGACCAAUUCCAUCGUUGCCGUCGUCGUGCAGUGUGCACGAUUUUCAUUCUUACGGAUUUCAUGGUAGUGGAAUCUCCCAAGGCAUGCAUUUCCACUUGGCAGCUUCUAUAAAUGCUGAAACAGAUAUACCAUUAGUCCCUUCUAUGCAGUCAACUGAAGCUUCAAAUCAAAAUAAUUUCGUACUACAUUGGCUUAAUAAUAAAGAGAUGGAUUUCACUAUUCAAGCUGAAGCAAUUCUUCAAGAAUUGACCAAAAAGGUUAUUCACGAAGAAAAUCUUAGUGCCCAAGGGGGUAAUGUGUCUGAUCAGACUGAUAACUUGUCAAAUGGAGCAUCAUCAAAGAAAAAGUUUAUGAAGACAGCUUCGAAAUCUGUUUCAGCGGAUGACAACAGCGCUACUGGCGAUGAAAGCAAAACCUCUAAUUUUCAAAAUUGUCCAAGCGGAAUACCAAAUGUUAAUUCAAUGUCAAAUACAGCUUCAUUGAACUCUUUAAAUAAUGAUAGUUCCCUUUCGAACCAUUUAACUGACUCCUUGGAUAUAAAAAUCGAUUGUUUACUUCGUGACUGGCACCAGAGUCCAGAUUUACUGUUUGCAAUCCAUCCAGUAGAUGGUAGUUUCCUUAUCUGGGUUGUUGAGUGGCUAGAUGACUUUUAUCCUGGUUCAUUUCGUCAAGCUCAAGUUUCUUUUUCGACCAGAAUUCCUAACGCAUUUCCUCUAGGUGAUUCAAUGUCAAUGUCCACAAUGGUUAGUUUGUACAACACUGGUUCUCAUCCAUUAGUCUUUCGUGAGAUUGCUAAUAAUGUUAAAAGUAAAGAUGAGGACGUACUCAGUGAAGAGGAUGAUGAUGACAUAUCUGUUAAAGAUGAAUCAAUUAAUGAAAGUCAAGAGAAUACUGAUUCCAGUAAAAAAACAAGAACCAAAAAUGUUAAUGAUUCAGAAGAACAUUUUGAGGAAAAGUCUAGGGAUUCAUCUGUUGGAAACAUAACAACGGCUAUAUCGCCAUCAGUAUCGAUGGUUACAAAACAUUCAAACGGCACACUUAAUUUGUGGCAGCUUACAUUUGCAUAUAAGACAAAAUUUACUCAAGUUCUCAGUAUUGGACAUGUAAGCCGCGUGUCUGGUCAUAGAUUCAGAGUAAAUGACAUUAACUGUCAUCCAGUUUUGCCACUCCUGGUUUCGACGUCACACCACAAUUUGUCGGAAUUUGACCACAAAACUCCUUCCAAUGUGCCCAACUUUGAUUCCAACGUAGCAGAAAAUGUAUGCACUCCUUCUGGAUUUUGCUCGGAAUUGAUUUUAUGGAGAGUAGAUUCUGUAGGUCCUCUCUGUCACUCCGGAGGUGUAAGUGAACUAGCUCGUAUAAACUCCCCGGAAAUCUCGGCGUUUAGCAACGUCGCCUGGAUUCCAACAUUGUUACCUAGUACGACGUUGGGCAGUUACAGUAAUUCACCAUCUGCAUGUUUUGUUGCUAGCGAUGGGGAACAUUUGCGCGUUUACCAAGCUGUUAUUGAUGCACGAACACUUCUAGCGGAAAUAUCUUCUUCUGAAAAUAUUACGAAAUGGCAAAAAUCGGCAUCUAUAUCUUCUUUGUACUCCAACGCGUCCUCUACAUUGAACGGACUGAAGUUUUCACUGCACGAUAAACUUAAAGUGGUUUCUCAACAAUCUACUGCACGUCCGGGUUGUAUAAUACAACUUGACCCUAUUUCGGAUGCCAAACACGACUGGCAGAAUACUCAGUUUCUGCAUGUGUUUCAAGCACAAUUAAUAACCGGCAGUGAUUCAUUAACUUCUAAAGAAGCAUUGGAUAAAAAAAGCGGUGUGCAAAGUGACUUAGAUGCUAUAGUAGAUUUGCAGCAAAAUACAGAAUUUGAAGAACCCUUUUAUAUAGUUAUUAUUGAAAAAACGCUCAAAGGGAGUACUAUACAUAUGUGGCGCAUUGUAAUUUCAUCGAAAGAACAGAAAAUGUUAUUGCCCGAGACGGCCAUGUAUGUACCUGACAGUAAUCUUACGCAAGAAGCUGAGGACAUUGAUGUUAAUCGAAAGAUGUCAGAGAUUCUUUUCGAUACUACAAAUCAAAAAAUAAAAAUGGAGGAGACUAUAGAACCUCCGCAUAUCGUAAUAACAACAAAAAAGGUCUGCACCCAAGAGUUGCCUCUUCCUGAUGGUGUCGAUGUAAUACAUGCUUCACCUGCUGCUGGUCACCUUAGUUCAUCAUCAAUAUAUCCAGCUUGUUACGCACCAUACAUUAUUGUAACAGCUUGCUCAGAUUCUGUAUCGCGAUUCUGGAAAUGUGAAGCGAACAUAAACCCAUUAAACCCAAAUAAUGAAUAUACAUGGUCGGAGUGGAAGAUGUUCAGCAAAAAGCAAGAUUCCGCUAUUGAAAUUCCAGGGCAACCAUUAAAUAUUAGUGCUGCAUAUUCUGGAAGAAUUGCUUGUGCUUAUAAAUAUGGUAAAAGUUUUACGCGACCUAGCAAGGGCGGAGAUCCUGAUUCAAGAUAUAUAAAUCUCUGUGUUGGAAUAUACGAGUGUGAAAGUUCUGGUGGAAGUGAGUGGGUACUCGAAGAUACCAUACACCUAAAAAACAUUCACUUACCACGUAUUAACAUUGAACACGGUAUAGAUUUAAGUUACUUACACGAUAGUCGCAUGCUACAGAAAAAACAGCGUCUUAACCAAGUGUUGCAUAAUUUCACUGCACAUGACGAAAUAAGAUCACCACGUAGUGGAGAUUCGACACCUGAGGCAAAUUCAAAAAAUCAUAGUAGUUUGUUAGCUGUACCAAGUUUUAGCACUUUACAAUCUCUUAGAAAGAGCAUUGCCGAAAACGGAAACACUUGUCCUCUUACUCAAAAACACUUAGUCCAGCUUGAUUGGGUUUCUAAAGAAGAUGGUUCUCAUAUACUAACGGUAGCUGUUGGUAGUAAAAUUCUACUGUACACUCCAGUGUCAUCAGAUAUAGCGCAAGCAAAUAUAAAAGCUAUGAAGGAAUCUAGGACUGCAAAUCGCCCUAUUCUACGGAAGGCAAGUUCUUUAGCCCAACCUCAUUUUAACGAUGAAAUACGUUGGAUGAAGCUGCGACAAAUUGAUUUACAAACUGCGGAUGGUUUACCCCCCUUGCCUAUGCAAAUAUCGUGGGUUCGAGAUGGAAUUCUAGUGGUUGCAAUGGACUCCGAAAUGCAUGUAUAUUCACAAUGGAAACCUAGAUACAACCAACAACAUGGUGUUGACGAUAUUUUGGAUACUAGAAAUUUAAGAGACGAAGAUUUACGCUCAAUUGCUAAUGAAUCGUCCAAAUUGCGCAUUAAGAGCGCUGCCUCAAUGCCCCUCAUGAACAAAGUCAGCACAGCAAAUUUGCAGCUGCUUUCAAAAGACAGUAAAAAGAAAAUUGGAGCCACCACUUCAUCAAACAUACAAAAUUCUUCUGAUGCAGGUACUAUCAACGAAGACUAUAUGACAGAUUUAGGACUAUUCCAGGCAUCUCGUAUUGCAUGUCCGGUCCUUCCACAGUAUCAUCCUAAACAGUUAAUGGAAUUAUUAAAUUGUGGAAAAAUUCGUUGGGUCAAGGCGAUUUUGGCCCAUUUGGUACGAUGUCUCAGUGCACCCAGCUUUAAAGGAAAUAACGAAAGUGAUGAUGCUUCCAUAAACCAGAAGUCAUGGUCUAGAUCGAGAACCCUUUCAAUAAGCUAUGCUCCGGAUACAACUAUACAACCAGAUCACAGAGGAUCUACAACUCAGGUUUGUUACAUAUAUAUUACACAUAUUAUAUAA